CAAUUCCGUUGAACAUCAUCUCAUCACUCAUCAAAAUGAAUUCUCAACACAACAUCUGUGGAUUUGGAUUUGAUUGACAAGACGAUUUUUUUUUUUCACUUUGUCGUCGUUCAGGAAUGGGUGGAGUGUAGAUUAUCGUUACGAACUCUACCUGCAAUGAACGGUGCCAAACUUGCGUGGACGGAUGCGACAGAACCACAAACCUGCUCACCGUUUGCUAUCAGAGCAAUUUUGACGGAAUUACACAUUACUUAACGUGCCAAACUUCCCAAGAGGCUAGGUAAAGAUGGCUGUGCCCAUUCUCCCCAAUCCAUCCAACUUUCUGGGUGUAGCCCUGGUUAUCAACCGAUCCAGAGACGGGCCCCGUUUCGUCUUCCACUACCCGCCCAAAAUCCCGCCCAUCAGUAAGCAUAUACCCAACAAAGGAACCCCCGAUAAACUGGACGACGACGACGUGCUCCUGGACUGUAUACCUGAACCAAACAGGGGCAUUACAACAGGGCCAAAAGGCGUGGACCUCACACAGUGGGAUCAUGAUGAGCAUUUGGAGACCGACAGUGGCUCCCAGGUCGUCCCAUGGGAACAUGUCGGCGGAUUCCCCACCAAAGACCUCGAGAGUCUCCUAACGCCAGCCCGGGCAUUUCACAAGAAGCUCUUCCAGAUUUCCCUGGACCAACUAUACGCCGUCUCGUAUCCCAUUUACGCACCUGAAAGUGGCCUCUGGAAGAAGAAAAAGAAGCAAGCGAAAUCGCGGCCUAGCAACAGCAAGUUUGGUGGUGAGGAUGGCGAUGCAAGCAUAAAACCUGACGAAUCAGUCACCCUCGCUGAAGAUGUGCCUCCGAUCGAAAUCAAGGACAUGGCGACCGAGACGGAAGGGGCCGAUGAGGCAGUAACCGAAGGAAAGAAGAGCGGUAUGACCAUGUUCAACCUGGUGUUCAUCCUCAAUCCCAAGAAGCACGAGGCCAAACAACUGGUCGACACGCUCUACUUCCACAUCAUUCGCAAGAUCAACAAGGCAUACAAGUAUAGCCAGCAGCGCAGCGACUUCGUAUGGAAGGAAUCCAAGAGGAUACUUCUACUCAAAGAUAAGGGUCGUGAAGACAAGACCAGGAUGACGGCGCUAUGGCGCGAAAUACUCGAGACUUCGUCCCUCGCUUCCUCGAUGCAGGAUAUCUACGAGGCUGUCAGCCAAAACAAGAUCGCCGCACUCCAGCUUGGGACAGCAGAAGGCACCCUGACGCACUCGGUCCAGAUUCCAGUGCCAUUCUACCUUCCAGACCUCCCGUCUGACAACGAGAUUUCGGCCGCAUCUGCCGGAUCCAAAGGAUUAUGGAUCACCACAGCCAACAGCUUUGCCGAUGCCGACGCAUUGGACGACCCUUCUUUCCUCGACAGGAACUUUGCGCUGCUGCUCCUGAACGACGAAAAGAAGAUCAUCGCUGAAUUACAGGCAGACCCAGAUGAGACGACAAACGCCAUGGUCGAGUUCGUGCGCCUAAGCAAACCGACCAUGAGCUUCCAUCAGAUUGGACAUGCUGGAAUUCUCAGCCCCGCACAGGUACGCAAGUAUGCGCAACACUUCAUCUUCUGGCGGCGAGCCAUCGCUGUGCCACCCUUGCAUGCCAGAGAUGUGUACAUCAUCAGUCCGAACUCCUCCACGGACUCGCUCCCGACGGCAUCUCAAGCUUGGGCGAAAGCAUUUCCUCUGGCGCCACCACUCCCCAACUUUCUCGCCGACCUGUCAAAUGCGCCUAGACCGUAUAAGUGGUUCUCCCCUUCUAAGGCCCACAGACCAACGUACUUGCAGAUGCUAGCCUGGCUGAUGCGCGGUGGAUGGGUGACACAGCUCUGCACAUUCGCAUACGUCGUGGUAUGGCCCGAGAUCCAAUACGAAGUCGAGUACCAACUCGAAGCCGACGAGCUCAGGCGAUCUUCGUCCGCAUCCGAUGACGGCGCUUCCGCCGCAGACGACACUGCCCAUGAGGUCGAGUCGAGAGAAGCAUCCCCGGGAUCCACAAUCUUCUCAGACCAGCGCACAUCUUCCUCCCCCGAGGCCAUCCAACGCACCGCCAACGAGCAAGUAGCCGAGAAAGCGCGGCUCGACCGUCUCGCAGACCGCGCCUCCCGCCUACAAGCCGAGAAGGCGGCCCAGCAUGCGCGGAAGCAGGUUCCUAUCAACACGGAUCACCCAUCCAUCAAUACGGCGGCGCACCUCGCCAAGCUGGAGCCGUACAUCAUUGUCGAUGCCAAGAAAGCCACAGGCAAGGACUCGCUGUACCUGUCUGCCAUCGGCCGAAGAUUUAGGGAUCCUAAGGUCAGGGCUAGCUGGCCUGUGUUCUGGAAGUACUUCAAUGGCCGCAGCGCACUUGAGAGGAUUGCGUUGCAGGAGGAUAGUAUGAAAAGGAAGGAGGCGUGGGGUUUGUUGACGGGAAUGAGCGAGUUUCUUUUGACUGUGAGACAUUGGUAGGGUGUUGAUGAGUAUAGAUGAGUGACCUAGGAUGGGGAAAUAUUUUACAUGAGGAAGCAAUGUCAUUCAGUACACCCAGAGAUCUGCUUAGGGUACAAUCAUGGAGUUUCAUGGAGUUCGGAAUC